UCUGGCUUCGCGAUGUAACUCUCUGUGGCCCGCACAAGACGACGUCCGCGACCGUUGCGAAGAUGCAGAUUUCAGCCCCGGCGACAUGUUCUUUAAGAUCCCGGUAACGAGCCGUCGAUCAAAGGUGACGCAUCGCAAUGCCUUUUGCGCGUUCUGUAACUACGACCUGGACGAAGUCAUUUUCUGGGAAGUGGCAGUCGUAGGCAGCAAGAAACAGCAAAGGCUGCGGCCUCCUCCGUUCAUAUCGACAAACUUUGACAGGUACAUGCGGCAGUGCAGUCGACUCCCUCUCAUCGGAGACUGCCCUGUGGAGACCAACUCUACGGUGACGCGUUCCUGUUGGGCCUUUUACGCGCCCGUUAUCGACGAAGCGUCCGGCUCGACCUACUACAAAAACGCGUACUGCGCUCGCUGCCACGGUGCCAAUCUGACGGCGACGUCAUGCCUACCAGCUGAGAAGACAACCACGACGCUGCGCGUGGAAGUGAAGAUUACAAUCAGCCUCCCGGAUCUCGACCUUUCCUCAAUAUUCCGAACUGUCGACAGAAACAGCACCUGCUUCUCGUCAUACAACGGAGUGUGUUACAUUGAACAGGUGACCUACCGGUACGCGAAUGCUUCGACACCAAAUCCGAACACGGCCAUCUUAAUUCGCGGCUACCUGACCAUCGUCUGCAUAUCGGUCUCGCUGCUCUGUCUGGUUCUCAAACUAGUGGUUUACCUCAUGUCUAAGGAAUAUCGUACCUUCUCGUCUCGCUGCACCCUGUGCUUAUCUAUGACGCUGUUCUUCACUCAGCUGUUUUUUCUCGUCUUCAACGUGACAAACUUCGGCCGCGACGUGUGCGUCGCGUCCUCGGUGGUCGUACACUUUGGCUUCUUGUCGACGGCCUUCUGGACUACCGUGUUGUCGUACGACAUCUGGAAGACGCUGAUUCUCGUCCGCCGACCCAAGGGCAAUUGGAAGAGCCUCGUCCGGUACGCCUUCGCUGGAUGGGGUUCGCCUCUACUGGUUGUCGGCGUGGCUUCCAUAUUAAACUGGACAAAGGGCGACUCGCCGCUAUCACCCUCAUACGGCAUGUCUCGCUGCUUUAUUAAUAAGAAGUGGAGCCAUGUCGCAUUUUUUCUGGCCCCUAUGUUAGCGCUUCUAUUCGUCGACAUCGGGUUUUACCUCCACACAGUCUUCACCAUCCGAAGGACGGAGUCGCAGUCUCAGAAGUUCGACUUCAAGGCGAACGAGAAGCCAUCGCGGAUCUUGCUGUUCGUGAAGCUGGCAUCCAUCAUGGGCGUCUCCUGGCUCCUGGGCCUAAUCAGCGGGCUCGUGAACUCGCUCCUCAUGGACUGCGUCAGCAUCGUCUUUAUAGGGCUACAAGGUGUGUUUCUCUUCUUCGGCUUCAGAGACCACAGGCACGUCUCCCAAAUGGUGUCUUCCUCCUCGUCUCUGGUCAGCGGACUGUUGAGUUAUUCUCGAUCGCGAUCCUCGACCACAGCGACGACAGAUCUCGCUUUGGGCAUCCAAAUACCCACUAUCCAUGGCAGUAGUCACGACCGCCGGACUUCGGAUGACGUGGCCUCCGCUUGA